UCGUGUAAGCUCACCCCGAAACUUGCUUUCCCUAUUUUCCUUUCUUGAGUUGUCGGGAAAAUUUUCCAUGAAAGUCCCGUAGUUUCAGAAAAUUGCUUUUAAAAAAAAAAAAAGAAACAACAUGAAUUUGCCAUAAUAGUAGCGAAUAAAUUUUGAUCGCAAAGUGUUUGUUGAAAUUACCCACUGAGUUUCCUUUGCAAGGAUCGUCAGGUUAGUGGGUCUUCACACCUUCUUCAUGUUCAUGUUUCUUCCUUGUUUCUGUUUGUUUAGCAAGACCCAGUUUGCUCUGGAUAUGAAAUCAGUAAUCUGAUUACUAAUUCAUGAGUAAUCAGAUUACUAACUCUAUUAUGUCUCGUGGGAUUUUGGGAAGAAGGAAUUGGAAUCCGAUUCCAAUACCCCACAGAACAAUUCCAGAACCCAAAGGACAAGAUUUUGAUUUCGUUAAUGUUGUUCAUAGCCAUCUGAUCCACUCUGACUGGAAUAAGCUUGACCCUUUAUCAAGUGGGUUGACAGCGUUUAGAGUAAAACAUGUAUUGUUAAGAAUUCAGAAGGACCAUGUUCUUUCACUCGAAUUUUUCAACUGGGUAAAUAGUCAAAAUCCCACUGUACAUACCCUUGAAACAAAUUCAAUUAUUCUCCAUAUUCUCACAAGAAACAGGAAAUUCAAAUCUGCAGAAUCUAUUUUGAGGACCAUUCUUGUCUCGGAUUCGAUACAAUUGCCCUCUAAUUUGUUUGAAGCAAUGUUAUAUUCGUACCGGUUGUGUAAUUCUACUUCUCUUGUUUUUGACUCCCUUUUCAAGACUUUUGCCCACAUGAGAAAAUUCAGGAAUGCCACGGACACUUUCUGCAGGAUGAAAGAUUACGGGUUUCUGCCGACGGUUGAGUCCUGCAAUGCCUACAUUAGCUCUUUGCUUCAUCUCCAUAGAGUUGAUGUUGCUUUUGCGUUCUAUAGAGAAAUGCGUCGGUAUCGGAUUUCGCCGAAUGUUUUUACUCUUAAUAUGGUGAUUUGUGGGUAUUGUAAAUUGGGGAAAGUAGAUAAGGCUGCUGAGGUUUUUGGUGAGAUGGAGAACAUGGGUGUCAGCCCGACUGUUGUGUCUUAUAAUACGUUGAUAUCGGGGUACUGCGAUAAGGGUAUUUUGAGCAUGGCUAUGAACCUUAAAAUUCUGAUGGGGAAGAAUGGGGUGCAGCCAAAUGUGAUUACUUUUAACACCCUUAUUGACGGGUUCUGCAAAGAUGGGAAAUUGCACGAAGCAAAUAAACUUUUCAGCGAAAUGAAGGCGAUAAAGUUGGAUCCGAAUACUGUAACCUACAAUACUUUGAUAAAUGGGUACAGCCAAGAGGGUAAUUCGGAGAUGGGCGGUAGGCUUUAUGAGGAGAUGUUAAGGAACCGAGUGAAGGCUGAUAUCCUGACUUAUAAUUCCUUAAUUUUGGGUCUAUGCAAGGAGGGCAAGACCAAGAAAGCUGCACAUCUGGUUAAAGAGCUUGAUAAGAAGAAGUUAAUUCCAAAUUCAUCUACCUUUUCUGCCCUUAUUAGUGGGCAAUGUCUGAGGAAAAACUCCGACAGUGCCUUUCAACUGUAUAAAAGCAUGGUAAGGAGCGGCUGCACUCCUAAUGGACAUGUUUUUCAGAUGUUGAUAAGUAUUUUCUGCAAGAAUGAGGAUUUCGAUGGAGGAGCUGAAGUCCUGAGAGAAAUGUUUGACAGAUUCGUGGUUCCUGAUUUGGAUGUCUUCUAUAAGCUUUGUGCAGGACUAUGCCGGGUCGGGAAAGAGAAAUUGGUAAUGUUGUUAUGCUCUGAGAUGGAAGCAAGGCGCCUUGUACCUGAAGGUUUUGACAGAAAUAAGAUUAUCUGCUCUGGACUAACGAAUGAGAGCAAAGCAUUUGGAGCUGACUUAUAACAUUCAAAAACUCCAUUUCUUUUUCACGUAUCAAGCGAGGCCUAGUUUUACAGAGAAUGUGGCACGUACAUUUCGUCAUAGGGUAUAACUUUUUUAUUUGUAUUUGCUAAUAUCAGAUAAGAUAUUUGCAUAUAAAGUUAAACUUCGUUAUCUUAUCUUUUAGUUGGGAUUUCUGCAAAACCUUGUCAAGCUUCAUAUUCAAU